AAAAGGCAGGGCAGCAUGAGCCGAUCACUCCCCCAUCCCAUGCAAGUCAGAUCGGUGGGCUCCCGGGAUGUUCUGACUCCCCUGCCGCUGCCUGCUCCUCGGAGUACCUCCUACUCUUGGGUGUCUCUUUGUGGGCCUCUACCCUGGGGCCUUAGCUGUCUUCUGGCUUUGCAGCAUAUCUUGGUCCUGGCAUGUCUGCUUUGUGCCUCCCAUCUGCUCCUGCUUCGCAGUCUCACCCCAGGAGGACUCUCUUACUCCCCUUCUCAGCUUCUGGCUUCCAGCUUCUUCUCAUGUGGUGUGUCUACUGUCUUGCAAACUUGGAUGGGCAGCAGGUUGCCUCUUGUCCAGGCUCCAUCCUUAGAGUUCCUUAUUCCUGCUCUUGUGUUGAACAGCCAAAAGCUACCUCUGGCCAUAGAGACACCUGCAAACUGUGAGCACAGAACAAGGGCAAGGGCCUCCCUCUUGCUGCACCUAUGUCGGGGGCCUGGCUGCCAUGGCCUGGAGUUCUGGAACACUUCUCUCCAAGAGGUGUCCGGAGCAGUGGUGGUGUCUGGGCUGCUGCAGGGUGCACUGGGGCUGCUGGGAAGUCCAGGCUGUUUGUUUCCCCACUGUGGGCCCCUGGUGCUGGCCCCCAGCCUUGUUGUGGCAGGGGUGUCUGCCUACAGGGAGGUGGCCCAGUUUUGCUCCACUCACUGGGUCCUGGCCCUGAUGGUUAUCCUGCUCAUGGUGGUCUGUUCUCAGCACCUGGGCUCCUGCCACUUACCCCGGUGCCCCUGGAGGCCAGCUUUGACCUCUUCAACUCACACUCACCUUCCUACCCUCCGGCUACUCUCGGUGCUGAUCCCUGUGGCCUGUGUGUGGAUUGCCUCUGCCCUUCUGGGUCUCACUGUUAUACCCUUGGAGCUGUCUGCCCCAUCCAAGGCACCAUGGUUUUGGCUGCCUCACCCAGGUGAGUGGGUCUGGCCCUUACUGACACCCAGGGCUCUGGCUGCAGGCAUCUCCAUGGCCUUGGCAGCUUCCACCAGCUCUCUGGGCUGCUAUGCCCUGUGUGGCCAGCUGUUGCACUUACCUCCUCCUCCACCACAUGCCUGCAGUCGAGGGCUGAGCCUGGAGGGGCUGGGCAGUGUGCUGGCCGGGCUGCUGGGCAGCCCCAUGGGCACUGCAUCCAGCUUUCCCAAUGUGGCCACAGUGAGUCUUAUCCAGGCUGGAUCUCGGCGAGUGGCCCACUUAGUGGGGUUGCUCUGUGUGGGACUUGGGCUCUCUCCCAGACUGGCUCAGCUCCUCACCACCAUCCCGCUACCUGUGCUUGGUGGGGUAUUGGGGGUGACCCAGGCUGUGGUUCUGUCCACUGGAUUCUCCAGCUUCCACUUGGCUGACAUUGACUCUGGGCGGAAUGUCUUCAUUGUGGGCUUCUCCAUCUUCAUGGCCCUGCUGCUACCAAGAUGGUUUCGGGAUGCCCCAGUCCUACUCAGCACAGGCUGGAGCCCCUUGGAUGUGUUACUGCACUCGCUGCUGACAGAACCCAUCUUCCUGGCUGGACUUUUGGGCUUCCUCCUAGAGAACACCAUUCCUGGCACACAGCUUGAGCGAGGCCUGGGUCAAAGGCUGCCAUCAUCUUUCACUGCCCAAGAGGCUCAGAUGCUGCAAAAGUCCAGGGAGAACACUGCUCAAGAGUACGAGCUUCCUUUCCCUAUCCAAAACUUGUGUCCCUGCAUUCCCCAGCUUCUCCGUUGCCUCUGCCCACUGCCUGAAGACCAUGUGGAUGAGGAAGGAGGGUCCUCUGAGCCAGGAGAGAUGUCAGAUUUGCUGCCUGGCUCUGGGGAACCAUGCCCUGAAUCAAGCAGAGAAGGGCUUAGGUCCCAAUAAUUACCAGGACUCCUCUUUCUGCUCUGGUUAGUUUAAUCUAAUUUCUAGCUUGCUAGAGAGUUACCUCCCAGGCUCUACUUUCUUUUAGGGAGAGGGUGUGUGUGUGUGUGUGUGUGUGUCUAACAUGAGUCCACAUAGAAUGCCCAUUUCCCCAACUGGGUGCGUUGCCUUUCCUUCUCUUAAUUUGGCCUGUUUCAGAGCAGAGGAUAUGGUUUAGUGGGCCAUGAAUAAAUGAAUGAGA